AUGCUCAAGGUCCUCCAGGGUUUCUUUGUUGCUGGUAGCAAGUCUCUCAGUCUGCGACAUUCAACCAUCAAGCCCUACUCCUCCAGUGCUGCGGCCCUCGGCAAUGAAUUCUUUAAACAUACGUCGCGACGUUGGAUAAUUAACGAGAGCGACCGGCUGGCGGAGAGAUAUGUUAAGUUCAAUCCGACAGAACUCCAACGCGUUGCUGGUCAAGCUAUUGGGGAAGAUGAUUGCCCCCACAUGAUCAAGCUUGCUGAAGGAGGCUUCAACAAGGUCUUCCUCCUACGGGCAAAGAAUGGUCGCGAGGUCAUUGCGCGAAUCCCCACUCCCAUUGCUGGUCCUCCUCGCUACACCACUGCCAGCGAAGUUGCCACUAUGGAUUUUCUACGACUCAUCCUCCAGGUUCCGGUACCCAAGGUAUUGGCUUAUUCCGCAUGUUCAAACAAUCCGGUCGGCGCAGAAUACAUCAUAAUGGAGCGGGUGAAGGGCGUGAGUCUCGCAUCACGAUGGUCGUCCCUCACAUCCGACGAGGUAAAGAAUGUCAUGAAGCAAAUCGCGCAGAUGGAAGAGAAGGUUUUCACCUACUCAUUUCCAGGGUACGGAAGCCUGUAUCGCACGGGUGACAUUGAAGGGGAAAAGCAGAUCCCACUUGCGGUGGAGGACUUUUGUAUCGGCCCUAUUGCUGCGCGGCAAUUCUGGCAUGGGGAUCGAAGCAAUACCAGGAUAGAUCGUGGUCCCUGGGACUCGCCUGAGGACUGCCUGAUGUCCGCAGCUCGGCGAGAGAUCGCUUGCACUCUGCACCAUGCGAAACCUCAACCUCGACGAACGUUCCUUCUUCCAACUACUCAUGAUAUUGAUCCAUCAGAACAUACGUCGCUGCUCUCAAAGUUCAUCGAAAUCGCCCCUUUGUUGGUUCCGUCGAGUUCCCAUCUUGCUUCUCCCAUCCUGCGACAUCCGGACCUGAGUCUCAGCAACAUCCUGCUGGAACCUGAUUCAAGCCAGAUCCUCGGUAUUAUAGACUGGCAAGAUACCAUCGUAUUCCCUUUGUUUAUGCAAGCCGGCUAUCCCGCGUUCUGUGAGCACGACUCGUCGCAGACUCAAAGUCUCCAGCUUCCUUCUUUGCCCGAGAACUUCCACGGAAUGAAUGCAGAAGACCAGCUACAAGCUAAAGCCAAGUUUCGCUUGGAGGAGGCGAAUCUUUACUACACCGCAAGCACAGGUCUUUACAACGAAGGCCACAUGAACGCCCUUAAGACUCCCCACCUCGGCAUGCGGCGGUAUCUGUAUCAGCAAACUGGAUAUCCUUGGGACGGAGAUCUUAUUAACCUUCGCGCUGCUCUUGUUGGAAUCACAAGUCCGGAGGUCUGGAGUGCCAUCUCACAUUCUCCUUGCCCAGUGUCCUUUACAGACCAAGAACGACGGACUGCUAUGGAGGAGUCGAAGGAGUGGAAUGAUUCUGAGCAGCUCCUGUCUAGCAUCAGAGCCCACUUGGGAAUAGAUCUGGAAGGAAGCACCGAGCCAGAAAAUUUUGAAUGGGCAUAUAACAGAAACCUCCAGUUCAGGAUGGAGAUGUUACAGCAAAGUGAACAGGAUGAGCGAGAUAUAUGCUGGCGGAACUGGCCCUACAAGGAUGAUACAGACACAUCUCUCCCUCCUGUUCUAGACGACCAUUGA